AUGUCACUUCAAUUCUGUGUCAAGGAUUGCUUCUUGCUAAACCAUCAUCACUUCGAUUCUGUUCCCAACUCAAAAACAGCAAAGCAUUCUUUUUCUACCUUGCUUCCUGUGCACCCUCUUUUCAAUUUAUUUCACUUUUCUCUUCCACCUUCUUCUUGUCAUCUUUUUACUUUCUCUUUUCUUCUCAUCUUCAACUCUUUAUUCUCUUUUCUUACUUCUCCUUUCUUUUCUUUUUCUUCUCCAACUAUACAUCUUUAUUUUGCAGAUAUUUUUUCUUCACCUUUGACUUUUCAGUUUAGAUCCAGAUCCACAAAUAUCACGGAAAUAAUGGUUCUUGAUCUACAAAAUCAAUAUGUCUGA